AUGGCAGCCAAAGUCGCCCUCGUCACCGCCUCAAGCGCCGGUCUGGGUGCGGCCACAGUCAAAGCAUUGGCCGCCCACUUUCGGAUCGUGGUGAACUACCACUCGAGAAAAGAGAAAGCCGAGGAAGUGAUCAAGGAGGCAUCCUCCAUCCCAGCAACGUACAACACCUCCACGGGACCACGCUUCCACGCCAUCAAGGCCGACGUUUCGCAGCGAAGCGAGAUCCAACGCCUCGUGGCCGAGACCGUGUCCACGAUGGGCCGCUUGGACGUGGUCGUGAGCAAUGGCGGCUGGACGCGAGUGACCGACUUCUUCGACCUCGAGCAGCAGAUCAAUGAAGAUGACUGGGAUCGCUGCUUCAAUGUCAACGUCAAGAGCCAUCUGUGGCUGCUGUACGCUGCCAAACCGCACCUGGAGAAGACCGCCGACGAGGAGGGCGUGGGUGGUUCCUUCGUCACCGUCGCCAGUCUUGCUGGUGUCCGGCCGAGCGGCAGCUCCUUGCCAUACGCCGUGACCAAGGCGGCGGAGAUCCAUUUGACGAAGGGCCUCGCUUUGAUUUGCGGUCCCAAGGUUCGCUGCAACAGUGUCAGUCCUGGUUUGAUGUUGACGGAAUGGGGCAAUCAAUUCCCAGAGUCGAAAAUCAAAGCCACGACGGAGAAAACAACUUUGAAAGCGCUCGCCACGCCCGGUGAUGUCGCUGAGCAGAUCAAGACCUUGGUGCUGAGCAAGUCUAUGACAGGUCAGAAUAUCGUCAUGGACGGCGGAAUCGCAAUCUAA